GCUUAAACAUGGGGAUACCAAGAGGGAAAUGAACUUGGGAUCACUUGAAAUGCCACCUGGAAACUUGUCCAGAACAGAGACUAACACUUAUAGAAGAGCAACAGAGCUGGAAUUAGCAGGCUUCCAACAAGUAAGAGAUGGCUAAGAGGAAGAGCCAAGGGCGCAGGAAAUCACAUGUUGCUGGGAGCUCCCAUGAUGCCACGGAGGAUGUUGAGGAUCGCCACACAGCCCCGGAUGAUGUUGAGGAUCGCCACAGACGGCUGCAUGCUUCUUUUCGUAGAGUCAGAGGCAGAUUUGGUGAGGACCAGGAUGUUGGUGGGACAUCAAAUGAGGAGCGUCGAGACCCUUGUGAGAUGAUUCCUGAGCCUUCUCGUCAGACGACUCCCGAGCCUUCUCCGCCUUCUCGUCAGACGACUCCCGAGCCUUCUCCGCCUUCUCGUCAGAUGACUCCUCAGAGUUCGGCAGAGAGUGAGCAUGAGGUUGAUGUGGAGCAUGAGGUUGAUGUGGAGCUUCAGGUUGAUGUGGAGCCUGAGGUUGGUGUGGAGCUUGAGGGUGAUGCUGGAGCACGACGGGAUGAGGUGCCAGUCCAGACAGAGGCACCGUUUCCAGGGGGCCUGAUGAUCUGUCACUGUUGGUCCGUUACCCACAUCACGUUGCGCCGUGUCUGUGGCAUCAUAUUAUAG